AUGGUUUACUAUGCUGAUGAAGAGCAUCCGAGGAAGAGGCUGAAGCUUUGGGAUAAGAGCGCAGCGCAUUUGGCUCCGGGCAGCAUGGAGGAUUUCAACAGUGAGACGGAUAGUGAUUAUACGAGUUACUGGAGAGAUUGGUUCAUCUCAUCUCGAGGCAAUGAAUACUUCUGCGAGAUCGACGAAGAUUAUCUCACAGACCGCUUCAACCUUACUGGGCUCAACACGGAUGUGCAGUAUUAUCAAUACGCUCUGGACCUCGUCACUGACGUCUUUGACCUGGAUUGUGACGACGAUAUGAGAGAGCAGAUCGAGAAAUCUGCAAGGCACCUGUACGGCUUAGUCCAUGCACGAUACAUCACGACUACGAGGGGGCUUGCGAAGAUGCUCGAGAAGUACAAGAAAGGUGACUUUGGCAAAUGCCCCCGAGUCAUGUGUAACGCACACCCUCUUCUCCCUACCGGCAUGGCAGAUCUCGCUCAUGUCCAGUCCGUCAAGCUUUAUUGUGGCAAAUGCGAAGACCUAUACAACCCCAAAUCAUCUCGCCAUGCCAAUAUAGACGGUGCUUACUUCGGUACAUCAUUCCAGAAUAUCCUAUUCCAGGUCUACCCUGCUCUAAUCCCAGAGAAGACUAUUGAGAGGUACCAGCCUAGGAUCUUUGGUUUCAAAGUGCAUGCAGCUGCUGCGCUGGAGAGAUGGCAGUCAGGAAGGAGGGAAGAGAUGCAAGAAAGGCUGAAGGAUGUUGGGAUGGAGAAAUGCUUCAAGGAAGAUGUGGAGCUCGAGGAUGAUAUGGAAGAAGACGAGGAGGAGGUUGCGGGCUUGGAUGGAGCUGAUGAUGUGCUUGCUGAGUAG